AUGCUGCACCAUCAACCACUACUGUUGCAUCAACUACCAUGCUGCAUCUUCAACCCAACUGUUCCAUCGACUACUCAUGCUAAACCAUCAACCACUACUGGCCCACCAACUAAUCAUGCUGCACCACCAACCACUACUGGCCCAUCAACUACUCAUGCUUCACCAUUAAAUUAA